CAUAUUUAAAAAACUAUUUCAUUUAACAGGAUAUGUCACUAAUGUUUUGGAUGACGCACAGUUAUACUCAAGUCAUGCUAAAAGGAAAGGUAUUGAAGUUGAGGAUGUAAAACUGGCAAUUACUCUUCAGCAAGAAAAGAAUUUUACUUCACCUCCAGCUCGGGAACUCACUGCUGAGAUGGCAAGGCAGAGAAAUAGUAUGGCUCUUCCAAUUAUUAAAUCAAGUGCUGGCUUGCGUUUGCCACCAGACCGCUACAGUUUGACAGCAUGCAAUUAUCGUUUAAAACAAGCAACAAAAAAAACAAGAACUGUGCAUACGGUUUCCAGAUUAAAUAUCGCUAGUUUACCUCAAAAUACAGUUAAUAAAAGUAGUACUCCAAUGACUAUGAACAAGCAAACACCAGCACUGUCAGUAGUUACCAAAGCAAAUGCCUCACCUGCAGCUUCUCUUAUUACAAGACCAGCAACAACUAUUCCAAAAUCAGUACCAACACCUAUCAUAAAAUUUUCUGAUGCAAAUAGAAUGGUUACAUCUUCGUCCGCUCUGUCACCUGUAUCUACCUCAAUAUCUACUGCUCCAAGUUCUACAUCAUCACCUCAGAUAUUAAUGCCAACUUGUGGUAUUGCUCCAAGUUCUACAUCUUCACCUCAGAUAUUAAUGCCAACUUGUGGUAUUAUGAACUCAAUGAUGGAUGCAAAGUGUUCAGUGGAAGCUACUAAUGGAACUAAGAGAAAGCGUGAAGAAGAUGAUGAUGAUUAUGAUGUAUAAAAAGUAUAUGUUAAAAUUCAUGGUAUAUUGUUCUAUGUUUUAUGUUGAAAUGAGCAAUGUGAAAAGAAAUUUUUUUUGCCAGCUUGUGGUAUUGCUUCACGUUCUACAUCUUCUCCUCAGGUAUUAAUGCCAACUUGUGGUGUUAUGAACUCUAUGAUGGACAAAGUAUUCAGUGUAAGUUACUAAUGGAACUAAGAGAAAGGGUGAAGGUGAUGAUGAUUAUGAUGUAUAAAAUUGUAUGUUAAAAUUCAUGGUAUAUUGUUCUAUGUUUUAUGUUGAAAUGAGCAAUGUGAAAAGAAAUUUUUUUUGCCAGCUUGUGGUAUUGCUUCACGUUCUACAUCUUCUCCUCAGGUAUUAAUGCCAACUUGUGGUAUUAUGAACUCUAUGAUGGACAAAGUAUUCAGUGUAAGUUACUAAUGGAACUAAGAGAAAGGGUGAAGGUGAUGAUGAUUAUGAUGUAUAAAAUUGUAUGUAAAAAUUCAUGGUAUAUUGUUCUAUGUUGACCUAAGAAAUGUUUAAAACAAAAGAAAAGAGAGAGAGUAAACUUAAGAUUGUUUCCGUUUCUUAACAUGUACACCUCUAAAGUCUAUGAUAUGAAAUUUGUAUUCUGCAAAUUCAUUGCAUUUCAGCUUUGAUACUAUUAAUAUAGUGAAAUAACUUGAUCUAACUGGGCUAUUAACAUGAAAUAGAAUACUGUCAUUUUUAUGUUACUAGUUGCUUUGUACAGCCAGCUGCCUAAAGUACGUAUUAUAAAAAAGAAAAAUAUAUUAUGACUUUAAUAAAUUGAGCUAGUUAUUAAUAAUAAUAGAGAUGAGGAACUGAUUUUAAAUCAUUUAGUGGGUUUAUCAAUAAUACUCAGAUUCAAAUGUGGAAGAAAAAUUGAAUUUUUUACUUUUAUGAAUGAAAACAUUACAGGAUCAUAGAAGAUAAAAAUGUUUUAUUUCAGAGUAGAUUAAAUUUGAAAGAAUUUGGUCUUGCACUUUAUGGAGUGGCAAUGUGUUUUUUACUGCUUUUUGCCGACUUUCCUGAUUACAAUGAAAACAUAAAUAUCUGCUUUGUUGAGUGGCAGUACAUAGUCUUUAAGAUCGCUCAGUUUAUUCGAGUUUCACUAAAUUUACAAAAAAAAUAAAUAAAUAAAUAAAAUAAAAUAAAUAACAAUUUUUUUUUUUUUUGCUUCGAUGUUCGCAUAUUUUAUUGAAAGGCUACACAUAUUCAAAAUUUGAUGGCUUCUAGCUGCUGUCGGUUUUUUUUUUUUUUUUUUCCCUCCCCCUCUUCCAUGUGAAGAAUAUAUAUGCAAGAUAAAAAAAUACGUAAAUCAGCUUUAUAAUUUAACUUAAAUCUAGCCUCUUAAUUCCUCAUUUUUAUUUUGGGUAUUUCGUUUCUUUAUUCUAAAAAUAACAUUUCUGGACUGCUUUGUUUCUAGAUUAAUCUGCGCCACCAAUUUUGCAUAACGCUGUUGAUGUUGUAAUUAAGAAUGUAAACUCUGAGAACUGAAACCUCUCUUAACAGGCUACUAUAAUGGAUAAAUGCGUCAAUUUAAGCUUCAACUUCUGUGCUGCUUAGACGCUUCGCUGUGCUCACUUCCUAUUGCCACAGUAUAAAAAAAUAUAUGUUCUGAAAAAAAAAAAAAAAAAAAAGUACAAUUAGAGUGCCAAAUAAAUUAUGCCCACAAAUGUGAAUUGAAAUAAAAAUGGAAUUUAAUCAGG